CUUAUAUUUCCCGAAUCACCGGCUUUGCUAUAUCUUCAUCUAGAGAAGAACAAAAAGAAGCCCUAGAAAAGCUUGCCGGAGCGUUGAGAACCGGGAUCGGAUUCCGAAGCUAAUAUCGGUUGUUAAUCCAAUGGCUACUACUUUUAGCGGUGAUGAAACUGCUCCGUUCUUCGGCUUCCUUGGGGCCGCUGCAGCUCUUGUUUUCUCCUGCAUGGGUGCUGCUUAUGGGACUGCAAAGAGUGGAGUUGGAGUGGCCUCCAUGGGAGUUAUGAGGCCCGAGCUGGUCAUGAAAUCUAUUGUUCCUGUUGUCAUGGCAGGAGUGUUGGGUAUUUAUGGGUUGAUCAUCGCUGUUAUUAUUAGUACUGGAAUAAACCCAAAAGCAAAGUCAUACUAUUUGUUUGAUGGGUAUGCUCAUCUUUCUUCUGGACUUGCUUGUGGUCUUGCUGGUCUCUCUGCAGGAAUGGCAAUUGGGAUUGUUGGCGACGCCGGUGUUCGGGCCAAUGCACAACAACCUAAGCUCUUUGUUGGAAUGAUUCUCAUCCUCAUCUUUGCUGAAGCUCUUGCCCUCUACGGUCUUAUUGUUGGUAUCAUUCUCUCUUCUCGGGCGGGUCAAUCUCGUGCGGAUUGAACGACGAACGACGCCAAGUUCAUCCUUCAUCUUUGAAUUUGUUAUCCAAAUGUUUUAAGGAGAUUUUGUUACUAUGUUUCUUCUGUUCAUGUCAAACCUGAACCUAUGUAUUUUAUUGAGUGAUGGUAAUGAGCAGGUUUUAUGACAAACCUCCAUGCUCAUCUCCUCAUUUGUGUGAUAUUCUUUCUAGUUUUAGUCAGUACCAUUUGAGUUGUGGACUGAUUCUAUGUGCUCGUUACCUUACGAUGCAGAUUCCGUUGAGAAUAAAAAUUCAUUACAAUGUUGGAUGAAAAGCCAACG